AUGAAAACUGGAAUCACGCUUGUGGGAUUGAUAGACUGUUUACGAAAAUACACUUGUAAGUGUUUUGGUAUCAUAUUUUUUCUUCUUUCUCCUCAGCCAAGACUGAAUAAAGCGCGACUCAGGUUUUCCAGCGCGUCACCCUCAUCUCCUCCUAGCAACCUCACUUUCUACACGCGGUUUCGCCAACAUUUAGGUUUGCAACAACUUUCUCUCUUGUUCACAAGAUGGGUAUUAAAGGUGACCACUCUAAGCGAGCAAAUACUCCAUCUACGGUCACUGGCUAACACAAGAUAUCCAGGCCUCUUCCACCUCCUCCAAGAGAACACACAGGAUUCCAUAAAGGAUGGCGAGAUAAAGCAACACUUUGGCCGGAAAAUCGCCAUCGAUGCCUCGAUGAGCAUCUACAGCUUCCUCAUAGCCGUUCGGUCGGAGGGGCAACAGCUGACCUCCGAAACGGGCGAGACGACUUCCCACCUGAUGGGCCUCUUCUACCGUACCCUGCGUAUGGUGGACAACGGGAUAAAGCCACUCUACGUCUUUGACGGGCGCCCGCCCACUCUGAAGUCCGGCGAACUGGCCAAACGCAGCGCGCGCAAAGCCGAGGCCACGGCGGCGCACGCUGAGGCGAAGGAGGUUGGCACGGCGGAGGAGGUUGAAAAGUUCUCGCGGAGGACGGUGCGCGUGACGAAGGAGAUCAACGACGAGUGCAAACGCCUGUUGACCUGCAUGGGUAUACCUUACGUCGAGGCGCCGUGCGAGGCGGAAGCGCAGUGCGCAGCUCUGGCCAAGGCCGGGAAGGUGUACGCGGCCGCCAGCGACGAUAUGGACACGCUGUGCUUCGAGACGCCCAUCCUGCUGAAGAAGCUGAUGCUCAGCGAGAUGAAGAAGGAGCCCGUGCAGGAGAUCUACCUCGACCGCGCCAUGCAAGAGCUCGGCUUCACGAGGGACCAGUUCAUAGACCUGUGUAUCCUCCUUGGUUGCGACUACUGCGACACCAUCCCGAAGGUGGGCCCCACCACCGCGCUCAAGCUCAUCCGCGAGCACAAGUCCAUCGAGAACGUGCUCAGCCACCUCGGCCCCAAGUACGCGGUGCCGAAGAAGUGGCCGUACCAGGACGCGCGCGAGCUCUUCAAGAACCCGCUCAUCACCGAUCCCGACGAGUGCGAGUUCAAGUGGGAAGCGCCCGACAUUGACAAACUCGUCGCCUUCCUCGUGGGCGAGAAGGGCUUCAACGAGGAUCGUGUGCGCGCGGGCGCAGUCAAGCUGUCCAAGAACUUGAAGGGGAACACGCAAGCGCGCGUCAAUGACUUUUUCAAGCCCGUGCCCAAGACGGCGGAGGAGCUUGCCGGGCUGAAGAGGAAGAGUGAGGAGAAGGCAGCCGAGCGGAAGAAGAAGGUUAAGGCGGAGAAGGCGGAGAAGGGGAAGGGGAAGAAGGGGAAGAGGUAGUUUUUUUUUCUUCUUCUUUCUUUUUCUUGUUUCGUAUCCUUUGUAUCAUGGUAUGCCACUCUUUGGUCUUGACAUUUUUUUAUAUUACGAUGGUAGGCCUGGUAUUCUGUACAGUA